AGUAGGAAAUGACUUGUUCAAAGUCAAGCGCUCACUGUAUAAGACUUAUUAGUGUAUUAAAACAUUUAAUUACAUGACAUUAGAUCUUUAAAAACAUCUAGCGAUCACCAGACCAGUCACAAAUUUUUGUUGCAUGAAUAAUGGCUUCCAUAAUUUCAGGUCAAUUACACUUCGUCUUGAUCCCACUUAUGGCUCAAGGCCACAUGAUUCCAAUGAUUGACAUGGCAAGACUAAUUGCAGAAAGAGGUGUUAUUGUCACCUUGGUCACAACCCCUCAAAAUGCUUCAAGAUUCGACACGAUCAUCGAUCGAGCAAAACAAUCAGGACUCCUGAUUCGGCUAUUUCAGAUUCCAUUUCCAUGUCAAGAAGUGGGGCUCCCUGUAGGUUGCGAGAAUCUUGACACUUUGCCUUCAAGAGACCUGCUAAGGAAAUUCUACAAGGCACUUGCUAUGCUGCAACAACCUUUGGAGCAGUUUCUCCAACAGCAAGAAUACCCUCCAACCUGCAUAAUUUCGGACAAGUGCCUCUCCUGGACAUCCAAUACUGCUAAAAGAUUCAAAAUUCCGCGGAUUGUCUUCCACGGGAUGUCAUGUUUUUCAUUGUUGAGUUCUCAUAAUAUCAAGCUUCAUAAUGCUCACCUUUCGGUAUCUUCAGAUUCUGAACCUUUUCUGAUACCAGGAUUGCCACAGAAGGUUGAGGUGACGAGGGCUCAGCUUCCAGGAGCUUUUGUCAGUCUACCUGAUCUGGACGAUUUCCGCGACAAGAUGAGAGAGGCAGAAUCAACAGCUUAUGGAGUUGUGGUGAAUAGUUUUGACGAAUUAGAGCAUGGUUGUGCUGACUUCUACCGGAAAGCCAUAAAGAAAAAAGUGUGGUGCAUAGGUCCAGUUUCUUUAACUAACAAGGAACUUUUGGACAAGUUCGAGAGAGGAAAGAAGUCAUCAAUUGAUGAGAAACAAUGCCUUGAUUGGCUUGAUUCAAUGAAACCAAGGUCAGUUAUUUACGCGUGUCUUGGUAGCAUGUGUCGUCUAGUUACAUCUCAAUUGAUAGAACUGGGAUUGGCAUUGGAGGCAACAAAGCAACCAUUUAUCUGGGUUGUAGCCAAAACCGGGGAAAAAUCUUAUCUUGAGCUUGAAAAGUGGUUAAUGGAGGAAAGAUUUGAAGAAAGAGUCAAAGGAAGAGGACUGGUAAUCAAAGGUUGGGCUCCACAAGUUCUCAUAUUGUCACACCCAGCUAUUGGUGGGUUCUUGACACAUUGUGGUUGGAACUCUACAAUAGAAGGUGUAUGCUCUGGUGUGCCGAUGAUAACAUGGCCUCAAUUUUCUGAGCAAUUCUUUAACGAAAAGCUAGUCGUGGACAUGUUGAGGACCGGAGUUUGCGUAGGUGUGGAGGUUCCGGUGAGAUGGGGACAAGAAGAAGAACUUGGUGUGUUGGUGAAGAAAGACAAUAUUAUCAAGGCUAUAGAUAUAUUAAUGGACAAGGGAGAAGAAGGUGAACAGAGAAGAAACAGAGCAAGAGACCUUGGAGAAAUGACAAAGAAGUCAAUGGAAGAAGGUGGAUCUUCUCACAUCAACAUGUCAUUUUUAAUUCAAGAUGUAAUGAAUCAAGUGGUUACUCAUUUUUAAGAGUUCAGUAGUUUUCUCAAUUGUUCAAGGGGUUUUCUAUGCAAAUUUUAUUAGUGUGAAUCAAUCCAGAGUCAAUAUAUGUAUUGAAUUCUACUGAUUUCUCUCUGUAACUUGAAAUUUUUGGAGAGUGUUUCAAUUCAGUGUUGAAGUCUGCACACAAUAAACUCUACUGGAACUUGUACAAGACUACAGCUA